CACUUUUCUUUUCCUUCAAGCUUAGCUAAAGAGGAAGCGGAAAAGAAAAGAAAGAAAAAUACAGAAAAAGAAGCUUAUAUGGCAAGCGAGGCGGCGGUGGAAGUUAACGCCAUAUCGGCGGCGGCGCCAGAGGCGGAAGCAACAACAGGGGCAGAGAAGCAACCACAUAAACUCGAGAGAAAGUGGACCUUUUGGUUUGAUAACCAAUCAAGGCCUAAACAAGGCGCCGCUUGGGGUACCUCUCUACGCAAGGUUUACACAUUUGACACCGUAGAAGAAUUUUGGUGUUUGUAUGAUCAAAUAUUCAAGCCCAGCAAGUUGCCCGGGAAUGCUGAUUUCCACUUGUUUAAGGCCGGAAUUGAACCCAAAUGGGAAGAUCCCGAGUGUGCUAGUGGAGGAAAGUGGUCUGUCACUAGCAACAGAAAGGCUAAUCUCGAGAAUAUGUGGCUUGAAACCUUGAUGGCAUUGAUCGGGGAGCAAUUCGAUGAGGCGGAUGAGAUUUGUGGUGUAGUUGCUAGCGUACGCCAAAGGCAGGACAAACUUGCAUUAUGGACCAAGACGGCAACGAACGAAGCUGCUCAGAUGGGCAUCGGGAGGAAGUGGAAGGAGAUCAUUGGCGUCAACGAUAAAAUUACUUAUAGCUUCCAUGAUGACUCGAGAAGGGAAAGAUCGGCAAAAGGCCGAUACAAUGUUUGAACAUCUUUGCCGUUGUCUUUGGGGCUUGAAAUAUUUUUCAUGUGAGUUAUUUUUUUUAAUGUAAUACCAUCGAUUAUAAAGUUUUUAUGUCGAGAUAUUUUUUAUAUUCUACAUAGUGAAAUUUUUACUACAGCCCCUUCAUUUAUAA